AUGACGUGUUCGAAUGAGAACGAGCGGCUUCUGACGAGGUACAUGGAUGACUGGGAAGGUGUUCUGAUAGAACAGCUGCAAAACGGCAGCGCAGGGGCACUACCUCGAAAAGAAUCGGCUGCGUGGAAGGUUUUGCUGAAGGACAGCGUCUAUGUCUUCUCAGCCUACCUGGCGAACGCCAGCAUUUGGGGCGUCCAUGUCGUCAGUCUCGUGCGUAAAGACGCCGAACUGAGCAACUCGACCGCGCCAUCGAUCGAGUGCUUCGUUCGCACAGCCGACGGCAAGUCGUUGCGAAGGCCCGUGAUCGUGAAGAAAAUGUGGGAAGAGUUCCGUCACGACUUUGUCAGGGCUCACCUGAUCUGCCCUUUGGAAGGUGUCGCUGGCAUUCAGCCCACGGCAGUUAUCCUCAGGACCGCCAGCAGGUCCGACACCGAACAGGUUGAGUUGCCAGUGCAGAAACUGCCCGAGACCGCGCCCAAUAAGUGCUGUUCCCUGUGCGUGAGACCAACGUAUGGUACAACGACCAGGCUGUGGGAGGUCGUCGAGUUCGUGACUCACUACAAGCUCUUGGGCGCCCGGUCAUUCUUCUUCUACGACUUGGAGAUGAGUCAGUCUAUGCUACGGCUCGUCGAGCGACUGCAAGCGGAAGGCUGGGACAUCACGUUGGUGCCUUUCAAGUUGCCCAUACCGUACAACUACUCGAACAUUGCCUGGGGCCAGACAGCGAUGCUGUCAGACUGCGCGUUCCGGUCUCGCUUCAAGACGGAGUACUUCGUGAACGUCGACUUCGACGAGCUCAUAGUGCCGGGAGUCACCUACGGCGCGAACCUGUCGACCUUAAUCAACAGCGUCGAACAUGGACGAGGCGCCGGUAGAGUGGGCAGCCUCGUUUUGAAAAACCGCGUAUUUUGCUACGAACAUCAACUGAACCGCGACUACGUUCGUCGGGACGUGUUGCCGCUGCGAUCCACAAUCUUGAACACGCAUUUGAGCGCGGUCGACAACAACUUCACGCUUAAAUACAUCGCUCGCGCUCGUGCUGUUUGCUCGGCGGCGAUACACAGGGUUGUCGAGUUUUGCAUCGAUUCUCAAGAAGCUGUCCGCAUGAACAGUAACGAGCUAGUGGUCAACCACUACCGUAGAUGUUGCUCAUACGGCGUGGGCAAGGAAAAGAGCUGGGGCGUCGAUUUUCGCAAUGCCGACCGCCUGUUCGUCGACGAUAGUGCCAAAGCACUAGGCAGUAGUUUCUAUGGGUUACUGCCGUUCGUAGCGAGAUCUCUGCAACCGGGCGGACGUGAACUGAGGCAGAAUUAUGACACGCGGGUAAUAAAUGAUGAUAAAUAA